AUGCUUGGUAAAUUUGAGCCAUAUGAUCGCCGGAUUCUUAAAAUCCUGGCAGUUCGACCAUGUGAAUCUAUUUCUACCACAAUUCUCGUCACUUCUUUGCUCACUCUUGCUCGUGAAAUCACCAAUUUUAAAUCUAAAUUAUUUUCAUCUCAGAAAAAAAUUGUUCGGGAGAUCAUCCGACAGAUUGAAAUUCUCCUUAUUUUCUUUGAGGAAAUCCAUGAUCAUCACCCAACUUUUACUAAUUCUCUCAUUCUAUCCCUUUCAGAGCUCCAUUUUUCUAUCCAAAAGAUCCGAUGUUUAUUAAAAGAUUGUACCCGAGAAGGGGCUAGACUUUACAUUUUGAUGAAGUCACAGUUUAUAGCUAAUCAGUUCCGCGUUUUGGUUAGUUCAGUUGCAGCUGCGCUUGAUAUACUUGACUUAAACUCACUUGAAAUCUGUAAAGAAGUGAAAGAAUUGGUUCUUUUGCUAGCUAAACAAGCCCAGAAAUCGAACCUCCAUGUUAGCAUAAGCGAUCAAUGUGCGAUGGAGAGGGUGAUUUUGAUCUUGAACCAUUUCGAGAACCAAUUUGAGCCAGAAAAAGGCUUGAUAAAACGGAUUCUUAAUUAUUUGGGUAUCCACAAUUGGGUUGAUUGCAAUAAAGAGGUCAAGUUUUUGGAAGAUGAGAUUAGAAAUAGUAAUGUUGAAGAGGAGGAAAGAGAAAUUCCUCUACUCAGUGGCUUAUUGGGCUUGAUGUGCUAUUGCAGGGGAGUCAUUUUUGACACUUUGGAUGAUGAUGGAGACCAUAAUUCAGAAUCAGAAUCAAAAUUAGCUGGAGCAGGAGAAGUACUUAGUUACUUGAAUCCAGAAGAUUUUCGAUGCCCCAUUUCUCUUGAAUUAAUGAUCAAUCCAGUUACGAUAUCAACUGGUCAAACUUAUGAUCGAGCUUCAAUUCAAAAGUGGCUAAAAUCGGGAAAUUUGAUCUGUCCCAAAACAGGGGAGAAGCUUGAAAAUACAGAGUUGGUCCCAAAUUCAGCUCUUAAGAAACUGAUUCACCAAUUUUGCUGUGAUAAUGGGAUAUCCAUAUCGAAAAUAGGAAGAAAAAGCAAGGAGCUAUCAAGAACCAUCAUUUUUCCAAGCCCGGCCUCUCGAGAAACCAUCAAGUUUUUAGCUGAAUUUCUUGCUGGAAGGUUAACUUAUGGUACAGAUGUGCAAAAGAACAAGGCUGCCUAUGAAAUCAGAUUAUUAACAAAAUCGAAUAUUUACAAUCGAUCGAUCUUAAUUGAAGUGGUGAAUGUUGCUCCGCUUUUGGAUCUUCUCACAUCAAAUGAUCCAAACACUCAAGAAAAUGCAAUAUCAGCUUUGUUGAAGCUGGCAAAGCAUUCAAAGGGGCAAAAGUCAAUCAUUGAAGAAGGUGGGUUGAUGCUCAUAAUCUCAGUUCUUCGAGGAGGGAUGAAGAUAGAAUCUAGGCAAAUUGCAGCAGCCACAAUUUUUUACCUAUCAGCAGUAGAAAAAUACAGGAAAUUAAUUGGGUCAACAAGACAGGCCAUAACUGGUCUUAUUGAGCUAAUCAAAGACAAAGAUGGAACAAUGUGUGGGAAAAAGAAUGCAAUGGCAGCAAUCUUCGGGCUUCUUUUAUAUCAUAGAAACCAUGAUAGAGUACUUGAAGAAGGAAUUAUCCCAGUACUAUUUGAUCUUAUUUCUUGUGUUGAAAGAUCAGACUUUUUAGUUGACGCUUUGGCUAUUUUAGCUUGCUUGGGUGAGAAGAUUAAUGGGUCUAUUGCGAUUUUGCAAACCUCGGCUUUACCACUAAUCAUGGGGUUCAUGAAAUCAUUCAUUUCCAAAGCUGGUAGGGAAUACUGCGUUUCAAUUUUACUGUCCUUGUGCAUCAAUUGUGGAACUGAGGUGGUACCCAUUUUAUCCAAGGAACCUUCGAUUAUAGCUUCGUUGUAUGCCCUUAUCACAGAAGGGAGCUCCCAUGCUAGCAAGAAGGCACUUAUGCUCAUUAAUAUGUUGCACAAGUUUAGGGAGUCCGGCUCUUCCAGCUCCGCUCUACCUUCACCUUCCUCAAUUCAUAAAGAAACCUGUUUUUCGUCCAAUUUUGGGAAAUAA